AUGAUAAAUAGUUAUAGGAAGUGGUAGGGCUUUGUGACUGAGAAGCAUUCAUUGAAAAAUCUAUAUGCGAAGGCCAAAGUGGAUAUCACUUAAAUUGCAAAACAAAUAAUCUUCACCAUUCUAAUAGCAUAAAUUUAAAUAGAAACCAAUCAAAGUUGUCCCAUUUGUUUGAACGAGGAUAUUGUUUCCUCUGGAGUACAAUCUGAAUAAUGUAAACAUACAUUUUGCAUUGCGUGCAUCAAUAUCUAUUGGCAACAUAAUCAAAAAAAAUAGUUAAAAUGCCCUUGCUGCAGAGCCAAAAUUAGCACUUUCGCUAAAUCAAAAAAAUUAUAAAAUGAAUUUUAAUAAGAAUGUGACUAAUUUAUAUUGGAAUACAGAAUUCGAUGCACAGUCUUAAAAUAUUAUCUCAUUUAUCCAUUUUAGAUUAUCGUUAAUGUCUACAAACAUUUAGGUUAACUAUUUAAUCUAAGUAAAAUUUUACUAAAAUUGUCAAUUUAAUUGCAACUUGUACUAUGUUUUAUUUUGUGCAUUUAUGUGUUGUCGCCUAUUGACUUAUUCCCAGAAGCAAUAUUUGGAGUGCUAGGAUUGGUAGAUGAUCUCUUGUGCAUAAUAUUUAUAGUUUGGAUAAUAAUUACUCAAAUUAUGAUUAGAAUUUUUUUUUGA